GGUUUAUAUGAGUAUGUGAAACCUGCAUGGCAAGAGCGUCCCCAUCCACAACCUGUUGAAGAGGAUCUAAAGAUAUUUGGUGCAACUGUUCCGUCCAUUCCGGCAGACCCAUCAUCAACAAACUUCAUCACUGUUGAUGGAGUGAAAGUGCCAAGCAUUGAUCAUACGUACAAGUUAUAUUAUGGAGGUGCUCAGAAAAGACCUGAUGGUAACUACUCGAGACCAGUGAGGAACCCAUCUGGUGACUUGAUUACAGUGGUUGGUGACGGCAACAGAAAGGACAUUCGAAAUGCUGUUGAGGCUGCCCACAAAGCUGCCCCAGGGUACAUGUUUUUUGUUUUUGUUUUUGUUUUUUUUUUUGUAGCUUUAGAUAUAAUUUGUUUGUUAAUAUCCUUUAAAUUUGAGCAGUUAAAAAGAUCUUAUUGUAAACACUCAAAUCAAGCCUUCAUUGACAAUUAUGUAUAUACCUAUCAUAUGAGGCUUGCCAAGUUGAAAACCAGUUAGCUGGUGCUAAAUUUUAAACUGAGUAAUUAGCAUGAAUGUGACAGUAUUGUAUACUUUAGAUCUGG